AAAUUGGUCAUAUCUUCCUUCUCUCUUGUCUUCGAUUUAGAUUUCUUCUUCUCACUGUGCUCUUUCUAGGGUUUUCAAAACUGCGAAAUUAUCAAUGAACCUGAGUCGUUGAUUCGAGAACAACUGAUCCUGAAAUGGCCGCGGCGAGGAACGUGAACGUGGUGAUCGGCGACGGCUUGCGGACACUGAGAGACGAGGAGGGUGGAAAUGGCAAAGCUAAAGAAGCAGAAGAAUCGCCGACGGCGAAGCGCUUCAAAUCGGACAGAUUUCCACUUACGCGGUGGGAAUUCGCGGCAUUUGUCGGUGUAUUUCUGUUGUUCGCGAGCGGUCUCUUCUGUGUUUACCUCACAAUGCCUCCUACUGAGUAUGGCAAGCUCAAGCUCCCACGCACCGUUUCUGAUCUUCGCUUGCUUAAGAAUAAUCUUGCAACGUAUGCAGAGGACUACCCAGUGCAGUUCAUUUUAGGAUACUGCUCAACAUACAUCUUUAUGCAGACGUUUAUGAUUCCGGGAACGAUUUUUAUGUCAUUGUUGGCUGGAGCUCUUUUUGGUGUUGUUAGAGGUCUUAUGUUAGUUGUAUUCAAUGCUACUGUUGGAGCUUCUUCUUGUUUUUUCCUUUCUAAGUUGAUAGGCAGGCCUCUGGUUAGCUGGUUGUGGCCUGAAAAGUUAAGAUUUUUCCAGGCAGAGAUAGCAAAACGUAGAGAAAAGCUGCUCAAUUACAUGCUAUUUUUGAGGAUAACUCCGACGUUGCCCAACCUUUUUAUCAAUUUGGCAUCUCCUAUUGUUGACAUACCGUUUCAUAUUUUCUUUUCUGCAACUUUGAUUGGUCUUAUUCCAGCCUCCUACAUCACUGUCAGAGCUGGUAUUGCACUAGGAGAUCUCAAGUCAGUCAAGGAUCUAUAUGAUUUUAAAACACUGUCUGUACUUUUUCUUAUCGGCUCUGUCAUCAUACUUCCUACUCUUCUGAAGAAGAAGCGAAUCUAUGAAUGAAGGAUCCGAAAAGGGUAGAGCUACCGAACUUCAGUGGCUGUUCUUUUCACCCAAAGCAUCGGAGGGCAGGUCUCCAUUGUCCGCUAUAUAGUACCGGUUGAUUACCCUCCCCUUAUGAUGGCAGAUUCCAUUAUUUUUUUUCUUACCCCUUUCACAAUUUGAUUAAAUCAUCUCCCAAUGCAGAUUAUUUGAAAAUUGGGAGCCUGAGAUUUCCUAGAAAAAAUGUUCUUUAUCUGACUAUAGUGCUGCCAUCCAUUAGUAACAACUGUAGGAAUGUAGUACUCAGCUGUAACAGCUUUGUACCCAAUUUAUUCAGAUUCUCAUUCUGUUCUAACUGAUCCAUGAGUUGGGCCAUAGGCGCAAAUUGCAGGAAAAUGUGUGUUAAAAAGUAUAAGAUGCUGAAAAGUUUCCAUUUGAUAUAUAAUAUGAAUUAUGAAGUUGUUAUCA